CCAUUUCCCGGCGCGCCGGGGAGGCGGAAGGCCGCGUUGUUCGUGCGGGGGCGGUGGCGUCUUCCGCUGGCGGUGCAGGGGCGGCGGCGGCGGCGCUGCGGGCUCCGUGAAAACCUAGACUGGCAAAAUGAACAAAGAUGCCCAGAUGAGAGCAACCAUUAACCAAAAGCUAAUAGAAACCGGAGAGCGGGAACGCCUUAAAGAGUUGCUGAGAGCCAAGUUAAUUGAAUGUGGCUGGAAGGAUCAGUUGAAGGCACAUUGCAAAGAUGUGAUUAAAGAAAAAGGAUUAGAGCAUGUUACUGUUGAUGAUUUGGUGGCAGAAAUCACUCCCAAAGGCAGAGCCUUGGUACCAGACAGUGUGAAGAAAGAACUCUUACAAAGAAUAAGAACCUUCCUUGCCCAGCAUGCCAGUCUUUAACUUUGACAUUGUCUUGGAAAUGAUUUUUUUUUUUUUUGGUAUGAUGAAUUGAAAUUCCAUUGCACUACAUCAGUUUCUCAAAUUUGGUGUUAUUUUAAUAAAAAAAAAUCUUUUGUGGA